AUGGAGAAAGUGCAAAAUAUCACGCCGGCCAUUAUGGCAGAUAGCAUGAUUGAUCCAACAAAAUUUGAUCUAACGAUAAAUGCUCUCUUGGUGGGCCUUGGAGCUGAAAAAUAUUUACCACUAUUCAGGCAACACAAUAUUGGCCAAUGUACCUUAAUGGAAUUAAAUGAUGAAGACUUGACAAAAAUUGGUGUAGAUGACAAGGAAAUCAGAAAUAAAAUAUUAAAUGAAGUGAAAAAUUUACCCAUCUAUGAAGAAAUGAUUGUUCAAUCAUCAAAAAAUUACACAAACUUAGGCCCUAUGGAAAUUAUUGAAGCUUUAGAAGAAAGUUCACAACACCUCUAUAGACUGUACUUGAGUAUGAUGGCAAACACAAUAUCACUUAAAAAGUCAAAGAAUGUUACUGACUGCUUAUUACAUGAAGAUAAAUAUGCUUCAGAUGUAUGUAUUAGUACUUUGAGUCACAUGACAAAUAUUUUAAACUCUAUGGAUAAAUCACUGCACACAAAAUUCAAGGUUUUGUCAAAAAGUUCAAAAAGUAGCAGAAAUAAAAAGAUAAUUGUGGGUGCAGUUGGAAGUGCUGUUAUAGUUCUAUUGUCAGUGUUAUUUGUUCGUUCCUUAAAACAUAUCUAA